AUGGCGGGCGAGGCCCGCCACAGUCCCGGGAACGCCGGGCGGGUGUGGCCUGCUCCCGGGUCCCGGGAUGGGCGGGCGAGGACCCGCCAGGUGUCCCGGGACGGGUGUGCGAGGCCUGCCAGGUGUCCCGGGACACCUGGCGGGCCUCGCCCCGCCCGUCCUGGACACCUACGGGCUUGUGAGGCCCGCAGUGUCCGGGACGGGCGGUGGCCCGCCCCCAGGUGUCCGGGACGGGCGGGGGUGGCCCCCAGGUGUUCCGGACACGGGGGCGAGGCCCGCCAGGUGUCCGGGACGGCGGCGUGGCCCCCAUUCCAGGUGUCCCGGGACGAGCGGGCAGGCGCCCCGGUGUCCCGGGCGGGCCCGGGGAGGUUGGCCCGCCAUGGGUUUGAACCGGACAGGGGGUGCCGGGAGGCCGGCCGGUGCACCUGGAACGGGACGGGCGUGGCACUCCAGGGUUGUCCCGGGACCAGGCGGGCGAGGCCCGCUAGGUGCCUGGAACGGGCGGGCGUGGCACUCCAGGUGUUCCUGGAACCGGCGGCGAGGCCCUCCAGGUGGUCCGGGACGGGCGGGCGGGGUGGCCCGCCAGGUGGUCCCAGGACGGGCCGAGCGUGGCCCGCCAGUGUCGCGGGACGGGGGCGGGCUGUGGCCCUCCAGGUGUCCCGGGACGGGCGGGCAAGGCCCGCCAGGUGUCCCGGGACGGGCGGGCGAGGCCCUCCAGGUGUCCCGGGACGGGCGGGCGAGGAGGCCCUCCAGGGUGUCCCGGGACGGCGGGCGAGGGCCCACCCGCCAGGUGUCCGGGACGGGCGGGCGAGGCCCGCCAGGUGUCCCGGACGGGCGGGCGAGGGCCCAGCCAGGUGUUCCCGGGACGUGCGUGCGAGGCCCGCCAGGUGUCCCGGGACGGGCCGGGCGAGGCCUCCAUGGUGCUCAGGGAUGGGCGGGCAUGGCCCGCCAGGUGUCCCGGGACGGGCGGGCGAGGCCCGCCAGGUGUCCCGGGACGGGUGUCCCGGGACGGGCGGGUGUGGCCUGCCAGGUGUCCUGGGACGGGCGGGCGAGGCCCGCCAGGUGUCCUGGGACAGGCGGGCGAAGCCCGCCAGGUGUCCCGGGACGUGCUGGCGAGGCCCCCAGGUGUCCCGGGACGGGCUAGCGAGGCCCCCCAGGUGUCCCUGGAUGGGCGGGCGAGGCCCGCCAGGUGUCCCGGGACGGGCUGGCAAGGCCCCCCCAGGUGUCCCGCCCAUCCCGGGACACCUGGAGGGCCUCGCCCGCCCAUCCCGGGACACUGGCGGGCCACGCCCGCCCGUCCUGGGACACAUGGCGGACCUCGACCGCCCGUCCAGGGACACCUGGGGGGCCUCGCCAGCCCGUCCCGGGACAACUGGCGGGCCUCGCCCGCCGCCCGUCCAGGGACACCUGGGGGGCCUCGCUAGCCCGUCCCGAGGGACACCUGGGGGCCUCGCCAGCACGUCCCGGGACACCUGGCGGGCUUCGCCCGCCUGUCCCAGGACACCUGGCGGGCCUCGCCCACGUCCCGUCCCAGGACCUAGGCAGGCCCGCCAGGUGUCCCGGCGCAGCAGGCUGCCAAAAAAGAGGUGUCCCGGGAGGGCGGGCGUGGCCCGCCAGGUGGUCCCGGACGGGUGGGCGUGGCCCGCCAGGUGUCCCAGGACGGGCGGGCGUGGCCCGCCAGGUGUCCCGGGACGGGCGGGCGUGGCCCACCAGGUGUCCGGGACGGGCGGGCGUGGCCCUCCAGGUGUCCCCGGGACUGGCGGGCAAGGCCCGCCAGGUGUCCCGGGAUCGGGACAGGCGGGCGAGGCCCUCCAGGUGUCCCGGGACAGGCGGGAGGUUGCGUGGACCCGCCAGGUGUCCCGGGACGGGGAUGUCGGGAGGGGCGAGGCGUGGCCCAAGGCCAGGGUUGUCCCAGGACGGGUGGGCGAGGCCCGCCAGGCCUGUCCCGGGAACGGUGGCGGGGAGUUGGCCCGCCAGGUGUCCCGGGACGGGACGGGCGGGUGGCGAGGCCCUCCAGGUGUUCCCCGGGUUACGGGAACUUUUUUUUCUGCGAGGGGCCCGCCAGGUGUCCCGGGACGGGACUCCCGGGGGGCGGGGGGCGAGGCCCGCCAGGUGUCCCGGGAGGGCGGGCGCGCGAGGCCCGCCAGGAGGUGUGUCCCGGGACGGGCGGGCGGAGGCCCGCCAGGUGUCCCCUUGGGCCGGGAUGGGCGGGUGCGAGGGCCCUCCAGGUGUCCCGGGAUGGGCGGGCGGGCAUGGCCCGCCAGGUCUCCCGGGACGGGCGGCGAGGCCCGCCAGGUGUCCCCGGGACGGGUGGGUGGGAAUGGCCCGCCAGGUGUCCCGGGACGGGUGCGGGAGGCCGCCAGGUGUCCCGGGACCGGGCGGGCGAGGCCCGCCAGGUGUCCCUGGGACGGGCGCAUGGCCCGCCAGGUGUCCCGGGACGGCUGCCUUGUCCGCCAGGUCCCGGGACGGCGGGGCAUGGCCUCCAUUGGUGUCCCGGCGGCCGGGCGAGGCCCGCUAGAUGUCCCGGGACGGCGGGAAGGCCGGCCCGUCAAGGUGUCCCGGGAAGGGCGGGGCGAGGCCCGCCGGUGUCGGGACCGGGCGUGUGUGGCCCGGCCAGGUGUCCCAGGGACGGGCGGCGGUGGCCCCGGCUGGGGGUCCCGGGAGGUGGGCCUGCCCGUCGCCGCCAGGUGGUCCCGGGACGGACGGGCGUGGCCUGCCAGGUGUCCUGGGAAGGGCGGGCGAGGCCGCCAGGUGUCCUGGGACAGGCGGGCGAAGCCCGCCAGGUGUCCCGGGACGUGCGGGCGAGGCCCCCAGGUGUGCCCCGGGAAGGGCUAG